GAGUAUGUGAUCAGAUAUAUCUUAUUUUCUACUUUAAAAAGAAAUUAUGCAUCAUAGAUUGCUUCGAUACUAUGAAAUAACAUGAUUUGGAGUAGUUAAAAUUUAUUAACUAAAUAAUAUAUGAUACCAACAAAACAAAGUAUAAUAUGAGAUUAGCUAACAAAAUAAAUCAUAUGUAUCAUGAUAUACAAAAUGAAGUACUAAAUAAAAGUCAAUAUUUUAAUAAACAAGCUAGCUCGAGGUCAAGUUGGGGUAAAACUCGAAUCGGCUCAUUUGCAGCCCUAAUAUUCAACGGUAAUAGGAUGUUAGUUAUUGUUGUCGAUGGUAAUAGUACACCAUGCAUUAACAUAGCGAAUUGGCUCAAUUUAUCUAUCUUAUUCCUCGGAUUUUUAUUGGCCCAAAGGAUCGAAGGCUUCAACCUUGGGUCUCGUCCAUGUCCUUGCUUCGAAAGCUCAGCCCACAUACCAGUAAUAAUCAACAAUAGCUAUUUGGCCUGACCCAUACAACUCGGCUACACAGCCCAUUUCUGUCGGCCCACUAAUUCCCGCAUUGUCUCGUCUUCUUCUUUCUCUUCUUCUUCUUCUCUCUCUCCGUGUAAAAGGAAAACAAAUUCAAUCAAAAACUUGCAGGAUUCCGCCUCGCCUUCACUGAAGACCCCGCUUCAAACCUGUUGCUAGCUCUCUCUCAUUCUCCUAGACUAGCCAUGGCUCCUCCAGGAGUUCUAAUGGUUGCAGAGAAACCCAGCAUCGCUUCCUCCAUCGCUUCUGUGCUCUCCCGUGGCAAAAUGUCUACUAGGAAAGGCAGUACAGAGGUUCAUGAAUUCGACGGCACUUUCCUUGGCUUUCCUGCCUACUACAAGGUCACUUCAGUCAUUGGCCACGUUUUCAGUGUAGAUUUCCCUGAGAAAUACCAGAAUUGGUCUGCUACUGAUCCUUUAGAUCUCUUCCAAGCUCCAGUGAGGAAGGCAGAAUCAAAUCCUAAGGCUCAUAUUCGAAGGCACUUAAGUCAAGAGGCUCGUGGGUGCACUCAUCUGGUACUGUGGUUAGACUGUGAUCGCGAAGGAGAGAAUAUAUGCUUUGAAGUUAUCGAGUGCUCUGGCUUUCAUAUAAAUGAUGGUAAAAGAAGGAUUCAUCGUGCACGGUUUUCUUCUGUCACCGAGAAAGAUAUUUCAAAAGCAAUGGAUAGCCUUGUUGAACCGAACAAAGAUGAGGCAUUGGCUGUAGAUGCUCGACAAGAGAUAGAUUUGAAAGUUGGAGUUGCAUUUACACGAUUCCAAACCGGUUAUUUCCAAGGAAAAUAUGGAAAUCUUGAUUCCAGAGUUAUCUCUUAUGGACCAUGUCAAACCCCUACCCUAGGAUUUUGCGUGCAGCGAUAUCUGCAAAUUACAACCUUUAAGCCAGAAAAGUACUGGGCCUUGCACCCUUACAUUGUGAUGGAUGGGUAUGAGCUGCUGCUGGAUUGGGAGCGCCAUAGAUUGUUUGACUUUGAUGUUGCUGCAAUGUUUCAAAAACUUGUACUUCAGGAUGGAGUAUUACUAGUUACUGGGAUAUCAGAAGAACAGGAAACUAAAGGCCGUCCUCAGGGUCUAAACACAGUUAACCUUCUAAAGGUUUCAUCAAGUGCAUUAGGUUUUGGGCCUCACCAUGCAAUGCAAUUAGCUGAACGCUUAUACACUCAAGGAUUCAUCAGUUACCCUCGUACAGAGAGCACAGCCUUCCCUUCCUCCUUCGACUUCAGAAGCACACUAGGAGAACUAGCAAAAGUCCCUAUUUGGGCUGAAUAUGUGCACAACCUACUUUCUGGAGGGUAUCAGAAGCCAAAAUCUGGGACUGAUGUCGGUGAUCAUCCUCCUAUUACCCCAAUGCGAGCAGCCAGUGAGGACCUGAUUGGUAAUGAUGCUUGGAGACUAUAUCAGUAUAUCUGCCAACAUUUCCUAGGGACUGUUUCACCUGACUGCAAGUUUGUAAGGACAAAGAUACAAUUCUCAUCUGGGGGAGAAUCCUUCCAUUGUGUUGGAAAGCAUGUUAGAGUUGAGGGGUUUACUGCUAUCAUGCCUUGGUUGGCAGUAAGCGAGAAAAAUCUUCCACGGUUUGCUAGAGGGGAGAAAAUCGCAAUGUCAAAAGUGGAGUUGUUUGAGGGGAAAACUGCUCCGCCAGAUUAUCUUAGCGAGAGCGAGCUGAUUUCAUUGAUGGAGAAGCAUGGUAUAGGUACAGAUGCAUCAAUUCCAGUCCAUAUUAACAACAUCUGUGAAAGGAACUAUGUACAGGUGCAAUCUGGCAGGAAGCUAGUCCCAACUCCCUUGGGGAUCACCUUAAUUAGAGGAUACCAAUGCAUUGAUCCAGAUCUCUGUUUGCCUGACAUUCGGAGUUUCAUUGAGCAGCAGAUUAUGCUCGUGGCCAAGGGUCAAGCAGAUCAUUCCCGCAUUGUUUUGCAUGUACUGCAACAAUUCAAGCAGAAGUUUGCAUACUUUGUUAAGCAGAUAGAUAACAUGGAUGCAUUGUUCGAAGCACAGUUCUCUCCCCUUGCUGAUUCGGGACGAGCACUCAGUAAAUGUGGUAAAUGCUUAAGGUACAUGAAGUACAUUGCUAGCCAGCCAUCCCGGUUAUACUGUGGCACAUGCGAGGAGGUAUACUAUGUUCCACAGAAGGGUACAAUCAAGCUGUACAAGGAGCUAACAUGCCCACUGGACAACUUCGAGCUGCUGAUAUUCUCCAUGGCUGGUCCAGAGGGCAAGUCCUUCCCUCUUUGUCCAUACUGUUACAACAAUCCUCCUUUCGAAGGCAUUGACACGCUUUUUGGCACUGGCACUAAGGCUGCUGGUGCCGCGAGUGGCGGGAAGUUAGGGAAGGGGGCAGGGAUGCCAUGCUUCCUCUGUCCACACCCUACAUGUCGCCACUCGGUAAUAUCCCAAGGAGUGUGUGCUUGCCCUGAAUGCAGCGGGACGCUGGUCCUGGACCCAGUGAGCGCUCCCAAGUGGAGGCUGUACUGCAACAUGUGCAACUGCAUGGUGUUGCUCCCACAAGGGGCACACAGGAUCAGCACCACAAGUGAGCGGUGCAGUGACUGCGAGUCGAAGAUCAUUGAGGUGGACUUCAACAAGAACUCGACACCAUUGGAGGGUGGUGCGACGUUGCACAGGGGUUGCAUCCUGUGCGACGAACUGCUUCACUCGCUCGUGGAGGUGAAGCAUGGGAAGUCGUUCUUCAAGCGAAGUGGGGGCGCAAGGGGAAGAGGCGGGUCGUGGCGUAGGGGAGGGAGAGGAAGGGGAGGUGCUGGCAAGAAAGUUGAUCCUAAGAUGAGCUUUUCAGAGUUUUAAGAGAUGAGGGAAGAAAAUGAUGGGAGCUAG